AUGGACAACAACGAGAAGCUCGAUCGGCUGUUGGAAGCUCUCGGCCCGGGUGCCGACCGCACGCUGGCGGAGGAGGUCUUGCGGGCCAAUGACUGGAAUCUGAGCGAGGCACUAAACCUCCUGGUAGGCGAGGGAGCAGCGCCUGAGCCGCAGCGCGCGGCUGCGCGGCCACAGCACGCCCCGUUCCAGACUGCAGCGCCGGCAGCGCCAGUGGCACCUGUGCCUAUACCUGCAGCAGCAGCACCAACUGGGACCUUUGCCACAGGCUUCUUCGGCGGAGGCCGUGCCGACGAAGACGUGCGCGCGCCGAUGCGAACGGGUUUCCAUGAAACGCUCCUCACUGCUGACCCGGCCCAGCAGAGGCGCCAGGACGAAGAGAGGGAGGCCGAUCUCCGGAAAAGAGAGGCCGAAAGGAUCGCUGCCGAGGAACGCAAGCGGCAGCAGGAGGAGGAGACUUACAACAAGGGCCUGGCCCGCCUCGCAGAGGAGCAGCGCUCCACUGCAGAGAAGCAGGCCCUGGAAAGGAAGAAGCAGAAGAUGGAGGAGGAGCAGGCCAAAGCCCGUCAAAGACGCUUGAACAAGCAAAGGGAUGACAGCGAGGAGGAAGAGGAAGACUUUUGCGUCGCACCACCCAUGGGGUUAGCUGACCUGUCUGCGCAGCUCGCCGGCGUGGAGGCCGCACCAGCGCCCGCACCUCCUGCAGCACCCGCAGCGCCUGUGGCGCCUGCACCGCGACCGCCUGCUCGGCCGCCUGACGACGACGACGAGGAGCUCGAAGACAUUCCUGUGGCUCCCGCCGUACCGUUGUCCCACCUGGCUGCUCAAGUUGGCACUGGCGUUGCCGGUUCGGGCUCUGGCCCUGCGACUUCGCCACCUGCAGAGAUGCAGCCUGAGCCUGCGCCUGCAGUUCCACCAGUGGCGGUGCCUCCGGCGGUGGAGCCACCAGCACCUUCUGCAACGCCCCCGCCAGAAGCAAGUCCCAGAGGAGCUGCGGAGGGCAAGGCCGCGGACCCCGUCGUCCAGGCACUGAAAGAGCUCCGGAAACGCUACCGCGAGGCAGACCCCGCAGCAUUGGCUGCUGGGCUCAGGAUUGUAAGUGGCUGCGUUGGCCACUUGGUGACUGACCCACAGGAAGCCAAAUACCAUCGCAUCAACUGCGCUGCUGGAAGAUUCAGGACCAGCGUCGAAAGCUUGGAAGGAGCUGUGGCCGUUCUGGAGGCUGCGGGCUUCCGACGAGAGGGGAGCAGCCUCGUCGUCGAGGAGGACUUUCCAAGGACGCAUGGACUGCAGCUCCGAGAUGCAAAGGCCAGAAUCGACGUUGUCCUCGGAGAGUUAGAGGCAGCCCUGGGCUCACAGGGGCCCGGCCCCAGAAAAGGACUCGCCAUGGCGCUGAAACGCCUUGGCUGCGCGCUCCUGGCGCUGGGCACGGCGGAGGCUUUCCUCGCCCCCAGUGCCCUGCGCGCCCCGCCCUCUUCGACCCCUUCCCGGUCCGCAGCCGCACCGCUGAGGGCGCAGGGAGCCAAUGGGUGGACACCUCUAUUUGGAGUUGCAGGCAUCUUGAUGAUCGGGGCUGUGCGCUCCCAAAGACAGACAUCCCCGACGACGAUGUACUUCAAGAGGAAGUACGGAGGCCCAAUCAAGAAGGACCCAGAUGCCGAGUUCGGUCCGCAGUACCAUGGACCGAAGGGAAGCGGCGGAAUCCAGAGAUCAUCCCGGUUGGGAUUUCCCAAGUGGGGUCAGCAGCGUGUGAUUCCAAAGCUCAGCGGGGCCUCGUAUGAGUAUCGAAAGAACACCAUGAGGAACCUCACCACCCAGGUCAUUCGCCAGGGCCGAAUCAAGACCACCCGCGCGAAAGCUGAGGCGCUGACCCAUUUCGUGGACCGCAUGAUCCUCUUGGCCAAGCGAGGAGACGACCUGAGCCGACGUGAGGCCGGCGAGUGGCUCUACGACCAGACCCUGGUGGACAACCUUUUCAAGUUGGCGCCGGAGCGAUACCCCGAGCAGGGCGACGGGUUCUGCAAGGUCACACGAACCAUGAAUCGAAAGGGCGAUUGGUCUGAGAUGGCGUACAUCGAGUUGAUCGGCUCCCCCUUUUCUGUUGACGCAACAAUGGCCUUCCGCCGCCUCCUGCCGCGCCUGCCUGUGGCGCGUGCUGCGCUCAACUCGGCGGUCCGGUCGCUGCAUGCUUCCGCGCCCAGGAAUGCUGCGAAAGUGAGCCCAGCCGAGCUCACCAAGAUCCUCAGCGAGCGCAUUGCCAACUUCAAGGAUCAGGCGGACGUUCAGGAAGUCGGUCGUGUGCUGUCGGUUGGUGAUGGAAUUGCGCGAAUCUACGGCCUCAAGGGGGUGAAGGCCGGAGAGAUGGUCGAGUUCUCCAGCGGCCUGAAAGGCAUGGCCCUGAACCUGGAGACCGACAACGUGGGUGUGGUCGUGUUCGGAGACGACCGUGCGAUCGUCGAAGGUGACAGCGUGAAGUGCACCGGCACCAUUGUGGAUGUGCCAAUUGGCGAGGAGUUGCUCGGCCGCGUUGUGGAUGCCCUUGGCACGCCUAUCGAUGGCGCCGGGCCCAUCCAGACAAAGAGCCGCCGCCGAGUGGAGCUCAAGGCUCCGGGCAUCAUUCCCCGGCAAAGCGUGCACGAGCCCAUGACCACUGGCCUGAAGGCUGUCGACAGCCUGAUCCCAAUCGGCCGUGGCCAGCGAGAGCUGAUCAUCGGCGAUCGCCAGACUGGCAAGACCGCCAUCGCCAUCGACACAAUCCUCAACCAGAAGGCCAUCAACGCCUCGGCUGACAAGACGGCCCACCUGUACUGCAUCUACGUCGCAGUAGGACAGAAGCGAUCCACUGUGGCGCAGCUCUUCGAGAUUCUGCGAAAGAACGACUGUUUGAAGUACACCACGGUCGUGGCCGCGACGGCUUCCGAUGCCGCGCCUCUUCAGUUCUUGGCGCCCUACACCGGCUGCGCUAUGGCGGAGUACUUCCGAGACAACGGCAAGCACGCAGUCAUCUUCUACGAUGACCUUUCGAAGCAGGCAGUGGCGUACCGUCAGAUGUCGCUGCUUCUGCGACGUCCGCCAGGUCGUGAGGCCUACCCAGGUGAUGUCUUCUACCUGCACAGUCGCUUGCUUGAGCGUGCGGCCAAGAUGAACGAGACCACGCACGGUGGCGGCUCUCUCACCGCCCUGCCGGUCAUCGAGACCCAAGCCGGCGAUGUCAGUGCCUACAUCCCCACGAAUGUGAUUUCUAUCACUGAUGGCCAGAUCUUCUUGGAGACGGAGCUCUUUUACAAGGGUAUCCGACCGGCCGUGAACGUUGGCCUCUCCGUGAGCCGUGUGGGCAGCGCCGCACAGAUCAAGGCCAUGAAGCAGGUGGCCGGCACCUUGAAGCUGGAGUUGGCACAAUACCGCGAGGUCGCCGCCUUUGCGCAGUUCGGCUCCGAUCUGGAUGCAGCUACGCAGCACCAACUGCUGCGAGGUGGAAUUCUGACGGAGCUCCUGAAGCAGAAGCAGUUUGUGCCGAUGACCACAGCAGAGAUCAUCGUGUCUCUGUGGGCGGGCACGCGCGGGUAUUUGGACAAGGUGGCAACCAAGGAGAUCCUCCGAUUCGAGAACUUGUGGCUGAAGCAUUUCAAAGACACCAAGGGCGACGUGCUUAAGGCUGGUGUCCGGGUUGCCUAG